ACUGACACGCACCGGAGGAAAACAACAACCGUUCAAAAUAUUGAUACGAAAUUAGUUCUGUGCUCGAUAAUUAGUCUUUACAUGAAUAUAUUUCAUAUUUAUAUCAAUAAGUUACAUUUAUAGCAUUACAUUUAAUAUAUUUAAGCAUUCCGUAUAAGUAUAGAGGAAACCAAAAUGGAUUUAAAGUCACAAAUAGCGUGACUAUAACCGGGACUCUAUUGUUUCUACUGGGAGGGAAUUAACUUCUACUGCGGCUGUGGUGACCUCUGACCUCCACCAUGACGUCCAGGUGUGGUAACUGUGGGGGGUCAGAGAUUGAUGUAGAUCAGGCCCGGGGAAGCGCCGUGUGCACCAGCUGUGGCUCUGUUCUGGAGGACAACAUCAUCGUCUCUGAGGUCCAGUUUGUGGAGGGCAGCGGAGGAGUGUCAUCCGCCGUGGGCCAGUUUGUCUCCGCUGACGGUCCAGUUAAGGCUCCACUUCUUGGUUCUGGUUUUCACACCAGUGUUGGGAAAGAAUCCAGAGCUCAGACCCUGCAGGGAGGUAAGCGUCAGAUCCAACACCUGGGCAGUCAGCUGCAGUUGAACCAGCACUGUUUGGACACGGCCUUCAACUUCUUCAAGAUGGUCGUCAGUAAACACUUGACCAGGGGACGCAAAACGGAGCAUGUCAUCGCCGCAUGCCUCUACCUGGUGUGUCGCACAGAGGGGACGCCACACAUGUUACUGGACCUGAGCGACCUGCUGCAGGUUAACAUCUAUAUUCUGGGUAAAACGUUUCUCCUGUUGGCACGUGAACUCUGCAUCAACGCUCCAGCCAUAGACCCGUGCCUGUACAUCCCUCGGUUUGCUCACAUGCUGGAGUUUGGGGUCAAGACUCACGAAGUUUCUAUGACGGCUCUUCGUCUAGUCCAGAGGAUGAAGCGGGACUGGAUGCAUACGGGGCGCCGACCCUCCGGGCUCUGUGGGGCAGCUCUCCUGGUAGCUGCUCGGAUGCACAAGUUUCGUCGCACGGUGAAGGAUGUGAUCAGCGUGGUCAAAGUGUGUCAAACCACACUAAGAAAAAGAUUAACAGAAUUUGAGGAUACACCCACCAGUCAGCUUACCAUUGAUGAGUUCAUGAGAGUUGACCUGGAACAGGAAUGUGAUCCACCCUCUUUCACAGCAGCACAACACAAAGCCAAGAUGCAGCAGUUGGAACAGGAGCUGGCAAGGAAGCUUGAUGACGUUGCGGGAGAGAUCACCUGUUACAAAGACGAGAUUGAGACAGAGCUGGAGAAGAGCCAACCCAAACUGAGAGGGAUCUACGCCGCCUACGCCAAAGAAAUUGAUCCAGACGACUCAGAGGUUUUGUCCACGAUCUCGGAGCAAGAGGACCCAGAGGCCGAGGAGGACGAGCUCCAAGCUGCUGCCCAACAACUGACUCAGGACUUCCUGUGUGCGGUAAUCCAAGAAGAGGAGGGCGGCAAGUCUAAUGUUAGCGGACAGGAGGUGGGGCCUGACAAUAAGGGAGCAGAACCUCACCGUCCGGCCGCCCCUCUGGCCACCAUCCUGGGAAAGAUGCCGACUGCUGCCAGCCUGAGCCUCCAACCAAUGUUUGAGUCCGAGACAGGGGAGAAACCAGAAGGAGAGGAGCCGGAGGGGGGAGAGUUGGACCUGGAUGGUAUAGAUGACCAGGAGAUUGAGAAGUACAUCCUGAACGAGAAGGAAGUCCAGGUGAAGACUGACCUGUGGAUGAAACAAAAUGCAGAGUACCUAAAGGAGCAGGAAGAGAAAGAAGAGCGGAUAAAGAAGGAGAAGGAACAGGGCACUUAUAAGGAAAAGCCGAAGAAGUCCAAAAAGAAGAAAGAACACGUGGAGGCAACGACGGCAGGUGAGGCCAUCGAGAGGAUGUUGGAGAAGAAGAAGAUCUCCAGUAAGAUCAACUACGAUGUCCUCAGAGACCUGAACAGCAGGGGGACAGGAAGUGGAGGGGGCAGCAGUCCAAGCGGGCCUUCCAACGACCCCCCUGACACACGCAAACGACUCAACCGCCGCCGCCGCAGGAAGACCAGCGACGCAAACAAAGACCUCGCUGCUAACACUAGCAUCAUGGGGAAGAGGGUCCGCCUCCUUAUUUCCUCCACACCAAAGAAGAAGAAAACAGCUGUUCAGGUGAGCCACCAGGAAGAACACCUGGUAUCCAUGACAACAGACACAACAGCGGAAACUCCAGCUGAACCGAUCCCUGACCCUGAACCUGUAGCCGCCUCCAGUCCGGCUGCUGCCGUCACUGCGGUCGAGGAGGCAGAGGAGGAGGCGGAGGAGGAGGAGGUAGAAGAGGAGGAGUGUGUUUCCGCUCUGCAGCUCGUAGGAGAUUACGGCUGUGAGGAGGAGGAAGUCUUCUAAGCCCGAUCGCCCAGCAGAAGAACUCUCCGUCCAUCACCGAGGCAGCUCCACUGAGGAUCAAUAACCAACUUUCAGUGACUGAUAAGAAACAGCAUUAUGAUAAGUCAUGGAGUCUUUCACAUCACUCUCUGAAGAUUUUAACCCUUUUUACACUCUAAAUUGAUCACUGAAUUGAAGCCUCUUGUGUUGUUUAUAUUGUAAAGUUGUAGAUUUUAGAUGUUUGUGUAUUUUUAUAUCAUCUGUUGAAUUUGAUGUAAAUAUAAAGUUAACAUUCCUGUAAAACAUCAUUUAAAACAUCCAAACGGGCAUCUAUCAGUUUGAGAAAAGAUGAAAAAAUCCUGGAAAAUCCUCAUUUAUUAUGUUUUUAUUCAUGUUGUUUGUGUAACUCUGUUUUUAUUUCUUUGUGUAACUUUUUAAAUUAUAUGAUGACAAGUAAAAAAAUGUCCUGGUGAAGAAUUUGUAAACAGAAAAAUACAGAAACUGUUUCUUCA